AUGGAUCUCGUGAAGCAGAUCAACAACAACCACGAGGUGCUCCUCGAGCGGGUGAAGACCCUGGAGACGCUGGUUCAAGGCAGCACCGGCUUGGCGGCUGGUGACCAGAAGGCUGCUGCUGCUCUGACUGAGCCGGAAAUUGAGGCUGAACGCCUUCGCCUGACUAGCGAAAACAUUGAACUUCGCAAGCAGGUGGACAGUUUGGUGCGUCAGUUGACGGCCCUCGAGGUGGCGGUCAAGGGCGCCGACCAGGUCGCCCCCUUGAGUCUGCUGCCAAAGCGACCCAUCUGCAACAAGCCCGCUCAACCGUCUGCGGCCGCCGCCGUCGCCGCUUCAGACACAGCUCCCACCGAAACUCCCGUGCCAUCAGCAGCUGCUGCUGCUGCAAAGAAGCAGCCCACACCUGCGAAGGAACCUCAGAACAAGGAAAACCAGGCACCCAAACAGCAGGAGAAGAAACAGAAGCAACCUAAACAGGGUGGCCAGGAGGGGAAACCAGCGAAGGCAGCUGCUCCGGCAAAGCCGGCGCCCGAGCCUGAGCGCGCCAUUGACGGCAGCCGCCUNAGUGGCGGUCAAGGGCGCCGACCAGCAGCUGCUGCAAAGAAGCAGCCCACACCUGCGAAGGAGCCUCAGAACAAGGAAAACCAGGCACCCAAGCAGCAGGAGAAGAAACAGAAGCAGCCUAAACAGGAGGGGAAACCGGCGAAGGCAGCUGCCCCGGCAAAGCCGGCGCCCGAGCCUGAGCGCGCCAUUGACGGCAGCCGCCUGGAUCUGCGAGUGGGGCGCAUUGUGGACGUGCAGAAGCAUCCUGACGCCGAUUCGCUCUACGUCGAGCAGAUUGACUGCGGCGAGGAGGGCGGUCCGCGCACCGUCGUCUCCGGUCUGGUGAAGCACGUGCCGAUUGAGCAGAUGCAGAACCGACUGGUCAUCGUCCUCUGCAACCUCAAGCCGGCAAAGAUGAGGGGCGUCCUCUCCGAGGCCAUGGUCAUGUGCGCCAGCUCCCCCGAGAAGGUGGAGAUUCUCCUGCCGCCGGAGGGAGCGGUGCCCGGCGAUCGGGUCACCUUUGAGAAGUACCCGGGCGAUCCCGACUCGCAGCUCAAUCCGAAGAAGAAGAUCUGGGAGCAGAUUG